AGGGAAAGGUAUUUGAAGAGCCAUCAAAAAACUAGGAAUAUUGUGAAUAUGAAUUUCCUUUCAAAGACUUUCAGUUCUCUUACAGGGACCUCGAUUCCUUACACAUUUAAAGAGAAGGAAGUUGAUCCACGUCUGGGGAUCUUCCCUGAUAGUGCCUCAGUAUGGACAAUUUAUAAAGGUCUUAAUCCAAAAAACGACAACACACCAGUAACCAUCUUUGAAUUUAAUCUCAGAGACUCUGCAAAUGCUGAUUUAGAACCACUUGCAAGAAAUUGCUUCCGUAAGAGUAAAUUACUCAAAUUACCAGGUGUCAUUUCUGUUAUUGAUUACAUUGAAGAUGAAAGUUAUUUAUAUAUUAUUACUGAACCAGUGGUCCCCUUAUAUCGGUACUUACAAGUCAAUGAUGGCAAGGUUUCUACCGAUAGUAAAGUGUGUGGUAUUUACGAAAUUGGUCAAACUUUGCUGCUCAUUAAUUCCAAAUGUAAUAGUUUACAUGGUAAUCUUGGAUUAUUUAGUUCAGUAUUUGUAACACCAUCUGGUGAUUGGAAACUUUUCGGGUUUGAACUUUUAACUAACUUAACUUCUGAUCCAGAUCAGCCAAUCUACAGAUUCCUGAACAUUCAACAAGGUUUCAAUUGUACCUUACCAGAAGAUGGACUUGAUUCAGUGAGACAAUUCCCACUCAAAUUGGAUUCCUUUAAAUUUGGAUCAUUUAUUUAUUCGGUAUUUAACAUACAUCAUAUGAAAUCCCUUGGAGUUAAAGUGACGCAAUCUGAAUUAAAUUCCAUGGUUAACAUCCCCAGACAAUUAACGGUUGCUUGUAAGCGGUUAGUGGGGGCUAAGCUUGGGCUUAGACCAACUGUUGAAAAAUUUAUGCUGGAUACUGAAUCAUAUUUUGAACGCAAUAAACUUAUCAUAUUCAGUCAUGAAUUAAAUGAAAUUAAAUUCAAAAGUGAAGUAGAAAAGCUUGAAUUCUUUAAAACUUAUUUAAGUAAUUUCAUUUCUGAAGAAGAUGUGAAUUCAUUCCCUCCAGGUUUCCUUGAACAUAAGGUACUUUCAGAACUUCUUUCCCAGUAUGAAAAUAUUCAAAAACAAAAGGUGACUAUUUCCUCCACUCCAGAAGAAGUUCAAUCCCGUCAAGAAACUACUUCUGUAUUAUUGAACUAUAUUCUUAAGUUUGGGGUUGCUAUACAAGAAAGUAACUUCACCAAAUUAAUUAAACCAAUUAUUUUCCAAGCCUUCACUCUACCAGAUAGAUCUAUAAGAUUAACUUUACUUAAUCAUUUGACCCAAUAUGCACCCAUGCUUACUGAAUCAGAUGUCCAACUGAACAUAUUCACUCCACUUCUUUCUGGAUUUCAAGAUACUAAUUUUACUAUUAGAGAAACAACACUUCGGUCGAUCACCACUAUUAUUGACAAGGUUUCUGUGAAACAAGUCAAUCAAGAAUUACUUAAAGUAUUGGCUAAAUCUCAAAUGGAUCCAAAACCAUCCAUUAGAACUAAUACAUUAGUAUUGAUCAUCAAAAUUUCAAGUAAGAUUUACAAUACUUCUAAGAAUAAUGUUUUGAUUACUGCUUUAUCGAAAUCAUUAAGAGAUACUUUCACCCCAUGUAAAAUGAUGGCAUUAUCCGGGUUUGAAAGUUUGAUCGACGAAUUCUCUUUAAAUGAAAUCUGUGGGAAGAUUUUAGGACAUAUUGCUAUUUCAUUAAUGGAUCCACAAUCAUUUAAGGUUAGAACUGAAGCAAGAAGAAUUUUCGAGUUAUAUUUAAAAUCAGUUGAAGAACACGCAUCGUCAUUGCCAAAAGUUGAAGAUGACGAGGAAGCAGAAGAAAAGGCCUUUUUCGCCAAAUUUGCACCUCAACAACUGGAAGAAGAAAAAUCCAACCCGACGGAAUCACGAGAAUGGAACCUUGACUUUGCAUUUGCAAAGUUUGGUAUGUCAAAUUCUGGUAAAUUGAAUGAUGAGUUUAAUGUUUCUACUCCAGAUUUAACAAGAAUAACUACACCUACAACUGAACGAAUCCCAACUGUUAAAGUACCAAAGUCUGCUAUUGCUCAAAAUAAUUGGAACGAUGACUUUGAUGUUGACGACAGCUGGGGAGGUGACGAUGAAGUAGUUGAAAAGGUUGUAGCACGUCCUAAAAAGGCAAGUUCAAUGAAAUUGGGCUCAAAAAAAACGAUUGUGAAACCCGCUAAAACGGUUGGAAAUGCCUUAAAAUUGGAUUUGAAAGUUCAAGAAGAUGAAGAUGAAAAUUGGGAUGGAGAUUGGUAAACUAUCUAUUAAGGUAUAAUAAUAAAUAUUUAAUCGUAUAUUACAGAUUUUUGCUAAUAAACUAUGAUAUCG